AUGCUGACUGUGACCAGGGUUCCCACAAGACCGUACACUGACCAAAAAACUGGGACUUCAGGACUCCGUAAAAAAGUCAAGGUAUUUAAACAAGAAAACUACCUAGCUAAUUUUGUUCAAAGUACCUUUAAUGCACUCAAGAAAAAUGGAGGAAUUCCCGAUACGCUGGUCGUUGGAGGAGAUGGUCGUUACUUCAUUUCUGAAGCUAUUGAUGUCAUUAUCAAAAUAGCUGCCGCUAAUGGUGUAUCAAAUCUUUGGGUGGGAAAAAAUGGUCUUCUCUCAACUCCUGCUGUGUCAAAUAUAAUACGUUACCGAAGAGAAGGUACAAUAAAAGCCAAGGGAGCAUUUAUUCUUACGGCAAGUCAUAAUCCUGGUGGACCUGAAGAAGAUUUUGGAAUCAAGUACAAUACAGAAAAUGGUGGUCCUGCCCCAGAGAAGAUUACUUCCGCUAUUUAUGAAGAAACUUUAAAUAUUGAUCAUUUUCUUACAUGUCCCAAUCUCAAGGCGGUGGAUUUAACAAAAAAAGAAAAUCAUGUCUUUGAAACAUUUAAAGUUUCAGUUAUCAACACAACAGAAGAUUAUGUAGAAAGUAUGAAAAAUAUUUUUGACUUUGAUUAUAUUAAAAGACUACUACAACGACCUGAUUUUCAGAUAAGAAUUGAUGGAUUAAAUGGUGUUAGUGGUCCUUAUGCGAAGGAUAUCUUUUGUUCAUGUUUGGGUGUCCCAGAAAGUUGUUUAACUGGUGUGGAGGUAUUACCAGAUUUUGGUGGACACCACCCUGAUCCUAACCUUACAUAUGCAAAAAAGUUGGUGGAAGCCAUGGGACUUAAUUCUGAUGGUACACCUAAUACUAACAUUGUUGGUAAACUACCAGAUUUUGCUGCGGCAUUUGAUGGUGAUGCAGACAGGAAUAUGAUUCUUGGUGAACGUUUCUUUGUUACUCCAUCAGACUCUGUGGCAAUUCUUGCUGCAAAUGCAGAUGUUGUACCAUUCUUUACUCAACGAGGUGGAGUUAGAUCUGUAGCACGAUCUAUGCCUACUAGUGGGGCAUUGGAUCGCGUUGCAAAAGCAAGAAAUCUCAAUCUCUUUGAAGUGCCAACAGGUUGGAAAUAUUUUGGUAACCUAAUGGAUAGUCGUGAUGUGUAUGGAGGUGAGGACUACAAUCCACUUAUUUGUGGAGAAGAAAGUUUUGGUACUGGUAGUAACCACAUUCGAGAGAAGGACGGUGUAUGGGCAGCACUAUUUUGGUUAUCAAUUAUUGCUAACAGAAAUACGGAUGUCUCCAAACCUCUUGUUACUGUCAGAGAAAUUGUUGAACAACACUGGAUGCGAUAUGGACGCAACUACUAUUGCCGAUAUGACUAUGAGAAUGUAUUACAAGAGUCUGCUAACAAUAUGAUGAAAGCCAUGGAAAAUCUUCAACCAAGUGAUAUUCCUCCUCUACGUGGGAAAAAAUGUCUAUCGAUUGACAACUUUGAAUACCAUGAUCCUGUAGAUGGAUCGGUCUCUAAGAAUCAAGGAAUUCGUGUUGUAUUUGAAGACGGAUCAAGAUUUGUGCUUCGCUUAAGUGGUACUGGCUCUUCAGGAGCUACAAUUCGACUCUAUUUGGAGCAGUAUAUGGAGCCCCAUGAUGUUGCACAACAUUUAAAAGAAGGUACUUUGCCUUCAGUUGCUGCCGCAUUGGAUGCUCUCAUUGCUAUUGCACUAAAUUCCUCUCAGAUAUCAAAGUUCACUGGACGUGAGGCACCAACAGUUAUUACUUAG